CCCCACCACCACCCCCCCGCAUCACCCAACACAAUGGUCCGCCUCACUGCUAUCCGCCCCGUGUUCAGCAACGCUCUGGCAUCGCGCGCCUCGGUCGCCUCGACCCGCUCGAUGGCCGCUGGCUCGAAGUUUGUCAAGUACGACUGGGAGGACCCGCUCAACCUCAACUCGCUGCUCACCGAGGAGGAGCAGGCCAUCCACGAGACCGCCAAGUCGUACGCCCAGGAGAACCUCCUUCCCCGUGUCAAGCAGGCCUACCGCUCGGAGGAGUUCGACCCCUCCGUCAUGCGUGAGAUGGGCGAGCUUGGUCUCCUCGGCCCCACGAUCCAGGGCUACGGCUGUGCAGGUGUCUCGUCGGUCUCUUACGGUCUGAUUGCCCGCGAGGUUGAGCGUGUUGACUCGGGCUACCGCUCGGCCAUGAGCGUGCAGUCGUCUUUGGUCAUGCACCCCAUCAACGAGUUCGGUACCGACGCCCAGAAGGAGAAGUACCUCCCCCGCCUUGCCAAGGGCGAGCUCAUCGGCUGCUUCGGUCUCACCGAGCCCAACCACGGCUCUGACCCCUCGUCGAUGGAGACGACUGCCACCAAGACGGCCAACGGCUGGACGCUCAACGGUGCCAAGACGUGGAUCUCGAACGCGCCCGUCGCCGAUGUGUUCAUCAUCUGGGCGCGUGAGGUUGUCGACGGCCAGAAGGGCAAGGUCCGCGGCUUCCUCCUCGACAGGCAAAAGGGCAUCGAGACGCCCAAGAUUGACGGCAAGCUCGCGCUCCGUGCCUCGAUCACCGGCUCCGUCUUCCUCGACAACGUCCAGGUCGGCGACGACGCCCUCCUCCCCAAGUCGGGUGGCCUCGGCUCGCCCUUCUCGUGUCUCAACUCGGCACGCUUCGGUAUCUCGUGGGGUGUGAUCGGUGCCCUUGAGGACUCGAUCAGCCGCGCAAGGGAUUACGCCUUGGAGAGGCACCAGUUCAACCGCCCCCUCGCCUCGUUCCAGCUCGUGCAGAAGAAGCUCGUUGACGCGUCGUCGGCGGCUACGCUUGGGCUGCUCGGCGCGUACCAGCUCGGCCGCCUCAAGGACGAGGGCAAGUGGUGCCCCGACCAGAUCUCGAUGAUGAAGCGCAACAACUGUGGCAACGCGCUCCAGCACUCGCGCACUCUGCUCGACAUCUUUGGCGGAAACGCCUGCUCGGACGAGUACCACGUUGGCCGUCACGUCGCCAACCUGCAGGUGACCAACACAUACGAGGGCACGUACGACAUUCACACCCUGAUUCUCGGCAAGGCCAUUACUGGCAUCCCUGCGUUUGCCAACUAAAAGGGCCGUGUAGACGGCGUGAUGAGGGUGUAUGGUUAAAUAAUGUGCCAUGUAUUUGUGAACAAGA